AUGAAUUCCUAUGUUACCACAGCUGAUGGCCAGCUUCUGUACCCAGCUAGUUACGCUCCAGCCGGCAUUCCAGCCUAUGGAUAUGGUCAGACGCCCGAUGCUGCCAAUUCUGGCUUCACUACACCAUACCUAGCACAGGGUGGCUUUCCUGCUUACAUGCCAUACCCCUAUCUUCCCUAUACUCCUGGUCGUGCUGGCAUUAUGUCUAAGCGCUCCGAUGCUGCAACGAAGGAGGUCCCUGGCCUCGAGAAUCGCCGAUCAUCUUACUCAACUAAUGAGUCUACUCCUGCUACUCCUUUCUUUGGAGGCAGUAUGGCUUCUCGUGACCCAGCUGCCCGAGUUGCAGUCUUCGACCGUUCGUCCUAUACGACGCCUUCUCCCCAACAGUAUCUUGGAGGAAUGGCCAACGUUGCUCAGAACCCCAAGAGUCUCUACACCUACCCUCUCGCGGCCGAUCGAGAUCUUGAUACCUUGCUGCGACGUGAACCUCCCAUCCCAACGGCUGUUCCGGCGGUCUUCACUCCGCGUAAGAGCAUGAAGACUCUUGAGCAGAGUCUCGUCAACAACAUUCCCGGAAACCGCAAUGUCUACAUCCGUGGACUUCACCCCACCACUGAUGAUGACCUUUUGCUGCGAUACGCCGAGCGCUUCGGAAAAGUCGAGACCUCGAAAGCGAUCAUUGAUACCACCACCGGGGCUUGUAAAGGCUUUGGCUUUGCCAAAUUUUUUGACGUUCACGACUCGGAGGCAUGCAUUCGUGGCUUCUUCCGUUUGGGAUACGAAGUGGGCUUUGCUCGGGAGUCGUUCAACUCCCGCCUCAAGGCCGAAGGAGAUGAUGAAUCUACCAACCUCUACAUCUCCAACCUGCCUAGACACUUUUCUGAAGCUGAACUUGGUACCGUAUUCCUUGGCUUUACAAUCCUUUCUAGCAAGAUUCUUCGAGACGGCAUGGGCAAUAGUCGGGGUGUUGGGUUCGCACGGUUCGAGUCUCGUGAUAUAUGCGACAGAGUUAUUAAGGAUUUCCAGGGCGUCAAGCUUGGGCCUGAUGGACUACCUAUGCAAAUUCGCUAUGCUGACACUCCAGCCCAGAAGGAACUCAAGCGUAUCACGUCUGAGCGACGUCAAUUCCGUACUAAUGAAUAUAAUGUCGGUGCAUACGGAACGACUAUGGUUGGAAUGGGUCCUGCCAUGUAUAAUCAGCCUGGUGGUUACCGCCGUGCCCUCAAUGCUCCGUCGUAG